UUGUGCUUAGCACAUCUUUGUUACAAGUAGAAUUGAAGGGAUAGCUGUGGCUCUAAAAGUCUCAAGCGUGUGUGUUUUUCUAAGCACGCGAUUUUCUCCAUGGCUCAGAGUGUAAAGACACGUGACAGGCACAACCGCGUGAUUUGUCAAGCUCGUUGAUACAACUCCCGACGAAACGACGACUACAGUGCAAAUAUGUCUAGUAUUUAUAAGCGGGAUGCCAUGCGGAUAACAUAGUCCUAAUCAGUUUUUAGAUGCAAGAUUGUCUGUGUGUUGCGUGGGUUAUCGACCAAAUAUCGUCCUUUUAUUUACAAGAUAUCGUUUAUAAAGUUCGCUUGGCUAUUUCAGGUUAAGUAAGAAGCAGGAAUGGCCGCCAAGGAUAUCGCUCUUGCUGGCCUGUUGCUGUGGUUUAUAUGCAGCGUUGGAAAAUGCACAACCUCGGCGAGCAUCAUCAACAAGUUGUUCGCUGACUACGAUAAGACACUCAGACCAGGAGAUGGCGAUGGCCCUACGCUAAUAACAGCCGACUUGUAUGUGAGUUCUUUUGGGAACAUACAGGAGACGAAUAUGGAGUACAAGGUCUUUGGGUUUUUUCGUCAAUAUUGGCGGGAAGAUAGACUGGCUGGGAAACACAACAAGACAGUGAUCUUAACAGGAAAAGAGAUCGACAACAUGUGGAAACCUGAUCCAUUCUGCAACAACGCGCGGGAAUCCAACCUCAGGGAAACGGACGAGAGUAUCAGCAGCAUGGUCUUCCUCGAGCCUGACGGGAGUGUCUUGUAUAGUAGGCUAAUAAUCGUUACAGCCGAGUGUAAUAUGAACCUACGCUUUUUCCCGAUGGACGAGCAAAAAUGUUACCUUAAACUAUCAAGCUACAGCUACACCACCGAGAAUAUAAUUUACAAGUGGAAGACCGGCAAGCCAGCGGUAGAGGUCGGGACCAAAGAUUUGGCGCAAUUUGAUCUGAAAACAGUUCAGAUCUCAAACAUGACAGACACCUUUGUAACAGGUGA